AUGGGGCGCAAAAACGCCGACAGUGGGGCAGAGAACAUCAAGGUUCUUGUGCGAUGUCGCCCGCUCAACGAGAAGGAGCGGGCGCAGGGCUACAAGUCCUGUGUCGACGUGGAUCUCACUGAGCACACUGUUACGGUACGCAGCAUUGUUGGUGAGCCCGACCGCUGGACGUUUGACGCAGUCAUCAACAACACCUUCAGCCAGAAGGACAUAUUCACGCAGUUCAUUAUGCCGCUCGUAGACUCCGUGCUAGAAGGAUUCAACGCCACUGUGUUUGCCUACGGCCAGUCGGGAUCCGGAAAGACGCACACCAUGACGGGGAAGAUGGACGAAGAGGAGCUUAAGGGGAUGACACCGCGCUGCUUUGGCCACGUUUUCAACCACAUCGCCUCGCUGCGUGAGACGUCGCCCAACAAGCAGUUCUCCCUCUACGUCUCCUUCAUCGAGCUCUACAACGGCAAGGUGCAGGACCUACUGGCGCGGCAGCAGGUGCCCCUCGCGCUGAAAGAGAAUAAGGACAAGACAUUUUACGUGCAGGGCGCUCACAUCCCGCAGGUGAAGUGCCCGGAGGACAUCUUCCGGCACAUGGAGGAGGGCAAUGAGCGGCGGCGCGUCGCGUCGACGGAACUUAACGCGGACAGCUCGCGCUCGCACUCCGUUUUCAGCCUCAUUAUUGAGUGCACGGAGAUCUGCGAGGACGGUGACUCCCGCUCCGUGACGAGCAAGCUGAACCUUGUCGACCUCGCAGGGUCGGAGCGGCAGAGCAAGACAGGUGCCGCUGGUGACACGCUCAAGGAGGGCUGCAACAUCAAUCUUUCGCUCAGCGCCCUCGGCACGGUGAUUGACACCAUUGUGAAGGGUAGGGGGCACGUGCCGUUCCGCAGCAGUCCUCUCACGAUGCUUCUGAAGGACUCCCUCGGUGGGUCCAGUAAGACAGUCAUGUUCGCCAACAUUGGGCCAAGCGAGCACAACUUCUCUGAGACGGUCAGUACCCUGCGGUUCGCUGAUCGCGCAAAGCAAAUCAAGAACAAGCCAGUUGUGAACAUGGACACGAAGGAUCAGAAGAUAGUUGAGCUCACUGAGAUUGUCCACGAGUUGCGGGAGAAGCUUAAGAAGUACGAAACGGAGGGCACGGAUUCUCUUGAGAAGGAGGUGGAGGAGCUCCGCGAGAAGGUUGGUGAGUUGGAGGUGAACCUCGAUAACGUCACCAAGGCACGCGAGGCGGACGCUGUGGACUUCGAGAAUGUCACAGCGAAGCUGAACAUGGAGCGACAGGACACCACCUCCCGAGUUGUGGAGCUGGAGGAGCAGAUUGUGCAGCUACAGAAUGAUCUACAGAUCGCCGAGUCCAGUGUCAGUGACGAGCGAUCACGGCGGGAGGAGAUACUGCACCUCUGCUCGCAGUACCUCCGUGGUGAGGGGGAGGGUGCCAAGUCCAUCACAAGCACUGAUGAAUUGGAAACUGUGCUGCGGGACCGUGCACACGGGAAACAGAGUGCUGAGCUGACCCAUCUGCACACCACCGUGCAGAAACUAGAGGUGGAGAUGAAGCAGAUGCGGAAGGAGCACAAGACGGUGACGCGGGAGUUAGAGGAUAAACUGCAGGAGGCCCAAGCAGCACUCAAGUCGACUGAGUCGAAACUGCGCGGAGCCAAGAAGGAAGUGAAGGAAGCAAGGGAACGGCAGAAGGCAGAGUCACUCCAGAUUAACGCCACCAUGGUAAAUGACAAGGAGGUGGCGGAGUUGCGUGCCGCACUAGAGAACGCGCAGCGAAUGCUGCAGGAGAAUGGUCUCAUGGCUAAUAUGGACACCAAGGUGCAGGCCAUGCAAAAGAGCCAUGAGGAAAUGUUAAGGGCGUGCGUAGAGCAGCUGCAGCAGGCGAAGAAGGCGCUGAGCCAACCAGGUGCAAAUGACUCUAUUAUAGUACAGCAGCUCCGCGCCGUCCUUGCUGAGGACGACAAGACGUACGACGUUGCGCUGCAGCACGUGUCAGACAUGCACAACUACGUGCACGAGGUAAAGACUGCCAUGCGGGAGGCGCAGACGGUGCCGCUCGUUGGCGUCACCGGCGACACCACGGCCUCAAUAGAGACCAUAAAGAAGAUUGAGGCGGUGGAUGCGCAGGAGGCGGGUGUGUACGCUGACAUGCUGUCGAAGCUGCACGCCGCCGUGGACAAGGCGCAGUCGCAGCGCAAUCACCUCCUCGACGCGAUAGCGGCGUUGCCGGACACGCCAGUCGACAUCCAAGGGNCGUGGACAAGGCGCAGUCGCAGCGCAAUCACCUCCUCGACGCGAUAG